AUGGAAGAAGGGAUUCCAAAACUCCGUUACGGGGGCGCGCACUACAGGCGCGAAAUCUGUGCUCUGAUGUGCAAGGCCGGCGAAGGUACACUGCUGGAAUCGCUGAAACUGAAGGGGGCCGAUAUUCCACCACAGAGUGAGCAGCAGCAGCAGGAUGAGGGUGAGAGCGACGACGUAGUUGAGGUCGAUCUUGAGACCAAGGUUAAAGAUCUAUCGGCGGAGCAGGCUGUCCAAGCUGCCCAGAUCAACAGCCUUUCGGAAGACAUGGAUCAUCUGAAAGACUCGGUUUUUAAGGGCGGGGAGGGAAUCGUCAAGCUGACGGUAUCUAUGUCAACACUGUUGACCGCCUUUCAGCAGCUAGCUGCACAUGCAGGGCUCAAGCUGCCGAUGGCUGCCCUGGAAGGUUUGAACAGGCCUGAAGUCGGCGACUCCACCGCUGCUGUAGUAGCUCCUAGUACAACAAGAGGUGCUCUUCACACCUCUGCUGUUGCUCCGUCACUUGCGCGUAGACCACUUUUCGGCCAGAUUCCAGGGUUCGUGCAAGCCCAGGGAGCCACAUCCGGUGCACAGAGGUCUAGGGCGAGUGACACAGGUCCCGCAGCCGGCGCUUCAUCCUCCGCGGCUGAUCAGGCGGGUGCUGCAGCAUGUGUUACUACAACAGCAGCGGGUCAGCCAGGUGCCUCUGUCCGUGCUCCUCCUGCUGGAGCGGGUCAGCCAGGUGCCUAUGCUGGUGCUCCACCAGCUGGAGCGGUUCAGCCAAGCUCCUCUGCCGGUGCUCUUCCAGCUGGAGAACCACCUACUUUCCUCUUUGCUGCUGAGGCGCUCGACACUGGCAGCAUCCUACCUGGCCACACCUCCUCCGCACCUCGUGGGACUCUACUGAACAUGCCCUCGCAACAGGUUCUGCCCUCCCCAGCCGCCUCUUCAUCCUUCAUGCCAUCGACCCAGGUUGGUGAGGAGGAUGAGGCCGCCAGCAAGGGGUUCACGAGAGUCACAAAGAAGAAGGAAGAAGAAGGGUAA